CAAGGAAAUUGCUCAGGUUUGAGCUCAGAUGACCCGCCUCCAUGAGCAGUACGCAUGCCGUGCCGCCUGCUGAGUGCUCUGUAAUUCACCCUCUAGAAGCCAUGAAGAACAAACUGGUGCUGCUGGUGGUCCUUCUGGCACUCAGUACCAAUAAGGUUCACCCGAUGCCCUAUAAGCCAGAAGCUGGAAAUUGUCGCAACUCAGAAACAGAAUACUGGAAUGAAGAGGUUGCUUUAUGCUGCAAGAAGUGCCCCCCUGGGCAUCGGAUGAAACAAGAGUGCACUGAAACCGCUGACACUCAGUGUGAACCAUGUGGGCUUGAGCAAUAUAUCGAGGACUGGAACUACUCUCCAAACUGUCUAUCCUGCACUAAAUGCAAAUCAAAAAAGGGUCUUGAGUAUGCCCAGACUUGCACAUCUACCAGAAACUCCAAGUGUGUUUGCAAGACUGGAACAUUCUGUUAUUUAGGGUUUGAUGACCCUUACUGCACAGAUUGUAAAGGAUAUAAACUUUGCAAACCUGGUGAGAGAGUUUCUGUAGAAGGUACACGUAACUCUGAUAGAGUGUGUGAAAAGUGCCCCACCAAUCCAUGUUCAAGCCCUAAUACAAUUACAGUUUCAACCGUAGUUACUGUAAACAAAACCUCCACAACGCCACCUGGCCCAAAGGAGUCCACUCAGACUGUGAAGCCUAUCUUAACCGUGAGACCCACGAGCCCUGAAGAUCCACCUACUAGUAAAAUGGUUGCAGUCAUUGCUAGUGCUGCUGGGAUCCUUCUGCUUCUUAUUUUUGUCAUCUGCCUCCUGACCCUUUGCAAAAGAAAGUGGACUAAAGACUCUGGAAAUCUCCCGCAUAAAGUAGAUGCAAAUGGAAACUGUGAGACAGCAAUAAAGCAGAAUGGUCACAGCAGCAGCUCUGUGGAAUCUCCAAUGACAUCACUACCUAUGACCUCCCAAGAGCAAGUGUGUUUGCUCGCAAAAGGAGAAGUCAGCAGUGACCAAAGUCUGAGCAGCAGUGAUACCGAAACUUCGAUCAGGACAGAUGGUUUCAGCAGGAACGACUCCCUCAGGCCUCUGCAACCUACUUUAGGUAUUGACAAUCCCUCCUCUGUCCUGUCGGAGCCAAUGGUCUUACAGUCCUUCACUGAGCCUAUGGCUCAUCGUCCCAGCCUCAGCACACAGGGCUCCUCUCAGCCUACCAGCCCGCUGAUUGUCAGCCCCCUAACAAACAGUCCCCACGUUAACGUCAACAUCACUUUACAUAUAGGAAAUGGUUCCUGCGGGACGCCGUCUUUUCAGCCCACAGAUGUUAAUCAAUCAGAAUAUCAGCUUCCCUUUGGACAGGAAGAGGAAUCUGUCAGCUCUCCUCAACAAGAAGCAGGCAAACUGUCUUUGAUAUCAGUCCAGGAGAGUCCCACCGUCUGCACGUGAAAACUCAUGUAUUAUCUGAACUUUUUUUUUUAUGUGUAACUAAACUUUUUGGUUUAACAAAUGUGUUGCCAGACACCUGUUUUUCUUAAGCUGUUACUUUAUGUUUAUAUGUAUAUACAGCAUACUGUACAUAAAAGUUUUUUUUUUACAAAUUUGUAUAUUAAAUUCGUUUCUGAUUUGUACAGUGUUAACAAAAUAAAAGGGCAUUCAAGU